AUGGGUGUGGAUGAUAAAGAUGAUUGGUACUACCUUGGUUGUGAGGAGUGCACUCGGAAGGUUGAGACAACUAUGGUCAUUGAGGAUGCUGAAGACGGUGCUGAAGAACCGAAGUUUAAACAGGUUUUAGUUUGCUCAAAUCAAGAUUGUCCUAAGGAGGUUGUGGCUGCGACUCCGAUUUUUAGGAUUCCGAUAAGAGUACAGGAUUAUGUAGCUAUUGCCUCUUUGACUUUGUUCGACCGUGAAGCUAGAAAAAUGUUUGGUAUGACUGCAAUUCAAUUGCUUGAGAAGUGUAAAGUGGAUCAGGCAUCUUUGCAAGAGAAAACCAUUCCCUAUCAGUUUAAAUCUUUGAAUGAUAAGAAGUUUGCCUUCAAGAUUCAAAUUAGUCGAUUCAAUAUUGACAACCAUAUUGAUGGUUAUGCUGUUCAUAAGUUGGUGAAUGAUGCAGCAAUCAUUGAGUCCUUGGAGAGCCGAAUUCCAGCUGAUCAGGGUGUGGACGAGGCGUCUGCUGAUGUUUCACUUAGUGAUAUAUCAACUCAAAACCCUUUUGCUCUAAAGGAUGCCGUGGAUUCUAUUGGUGAUAACUUCACACCCGAUUGCACAUCUAAAGAUUGUUCUAAGACUUCGUCUUCGGAAUUGAAACGUAACCUUGCUGACGUGUAUGAAGUUGAAGAAACCACAUCUCUAUCAUCAACAAAGGUUAAAAAGGCUGGUGUCUCGGAUGUUCAAGUUGAUGAUUAA